AUGCCGCAGCUGGCAAGAAGAAUCAAACUGUACUUUGCCUUAGCUCCAGUAGCCAGUACCAAACAUGUUAAAUCUCCAUUGGCAAAGCUGACAUUAUUCUGUGAUACAGUUAUCAAGAUGCUUUUUGGAAGUAAAGAAUUCUUACCAAACACUUAUUUUGAUCAAGUGAUUUCUGCUGAAAUUUGCAGCCGUCCCAUAUUUAAAAAGCUCUGCAGCAAUGUCAUGUUUAUAUUGGCUGGGUUUGAUCCAGGCAAUUUAAAUAUGAGUCGAGUGGAUGUAUAUACAGCACAUGCCCCAGCUGGAACGUCAGUGCAAAAUAUGAUUCACUGGAAACAGAGUAUUCAAAGUGGGGUACUGAGAGCUUAUGAUGGAGGAACAGACUAUAACAUGGCCCACUAUAACCAGACAACUCCAUUCAUCUACAAUGUAACAGACAUGAAAGUGCCAACUGCAGUGUGGAGUGGCAAAAAAGACUGGCUUGCCACUCCUAUGGAUGUUGACUUUCUGCUCCAAGAAAUCAGGAAUCUCACUUACCACAACAGGAUUCGUAACUGGAACCAUUUGGAUUUUCUUUGGGGUCUUGAUGCCCCUGAGUUCCUGUAUAAGGAGAUGAUCAACUUGAUGAAGAAGUAUCCAUAGUGACAAUAUUACUGUGGUAUCAAGGAUUUGAUUAAUUUCUGUCAAUCUAUUUUUUUAAUGAAUUCUUAUGUGUGAAAAUAUGAGUUCUUACAUGUAACUGUUUAUGCUCUUUGGUUCUGCUUAAUUAUAAUCAUCUUUAACAAAAAUGUAGUAAUAAAAUAGCAGUGCAAAUGUGUUUGGAGAGAAAAUGAGUAGCUAUAUACUAGAGGGGAGAGUUUUUUGUUAUGUUUUUUAUUGGACAAAUUGUGUUGGGGGUGAGGUUAGACAAGCAUUGAGGCCUCUCAGGUCUUCCUCACUUCUCAUGCAUUUCUUGGACCAUUAUGACUCUCAUCUUAAAGAUAUACAAUGCAUGUGGUACACAAAACAUGUAAGUCCCAUGGUUUCUGAAGCACCUGCUAUGCUUUAUAUCUAAAGUCUAUCAUCUAUUUCCAAGACAAUAUUAUAGGAUUGGCAUCUAGGGAACCUUUUCUGAAAACUGAAGAUUUCAACAUUUACUCUACUUUUAAACUGGGAUUUUUUUUUUCAUCUAAUAAAUUUUUUGAAGAUGACUAAAAUCCAUCCUUAAAUGUCUUCCUGGAGCCUUAGGGGUACUAAGAAGAAGAAUGAGUGGAUUAAUUAGUAAGUGUUUAUGAAACACUUAUAUAAUAGCAAUGGGUGCCUUCUACCUUCAAAAGAGCUUUGUUCAGUGAAUACGACACAUAAUCAUACAUUGAACAAUGAGCGAAUAAAACAGAAUAUGUAUUAAUUAUAUAAACAAUGAGUAUGUCAUUAUGAACUUAAAAACCAUCUCAUCAGGUAUAUGCAUCUACUGCGUAAGAGAGCUCUCAGUUGAUUACUGGAAACUUAACCAAUUAACACCUUACCACUUUCACCGCUGUUAAAUAAUUUCAGAAAUAGUUGCUUAGGUUUGUCUUUUGA